AUGCAGGUUCUGAAAAGACCAAUUUUAUCAUUAGACCAACUCCAGACCACCAGCAAGAAAUCAAUCGAAAACAAGAAAGAAAAAGCACAUUGUACUUGUAGUCAACUAACCUUACGCCUGAAGCACAACAGCUCCGCCAGCCUUACGGAUCUUCUUGUCAGCCAGCUUGCUCACCCAGCGAGCCUUCACGAUGCAGGGAGCCUGCAGGUGGCCACCGCCGAGCAGCUUCGAGUAGCCAUUGGCCAGCAGGUCAACGACGGGAAGAGCCUCGCCCUUCUUCGCCUUCAGGGUCUCGUCCCUCGAAAUCAGCUUGGUGAU